CCGGACCUCGGAGUUGAGGACUCCAGUGCGACCUCCGCGGAAAGAUGAACGGGACGCGGAACUGGUGUACCUUGGUGGACGUGCACCCGGAGGGCCAGACCGCGGGCAGUGUGGACGUUCUCAGGCUGACCCUCCAGGGUGAACUGACAGGAGACGAACUUGAGCAGAUAGCCCAGAAGGCGGGCAGGAAGACUUACGCCAUGGUGUCUGAUCGCUCCUCUGGGCAUGCUCUGGCUUCAGAACUGGUGGAGUCCCAUGAUGGGCACGAAGAGAUCAUUAAGGUGUACCUGAAAGGGAGGCCUGGAGACAAGAUGAUCCACGAGAAGAACAUCGACCAGCUGAAGAGUGAGGUCCAGUACAUCCAGGAGGCCAGGAACUGCCUGCAGAAGCUCCGGGAAGAUAUAAGUAGUAAGCUUGACAGGAGUCCAGGAGACCCUCUGCAGCGGCAGGAGAUCCAGGUGGUACUAGAAAAGCCAAAUGGCUUCAGUCAGGGUCCCAUGACUCUCUACAGCAGCCCACUUGAGGCUGACACCUGCAUGAGCGAAGAUGUCGAGAGCUUGAAGAAGACCGUGCGGGAAUUGCUUGCCAAGCUGCAGGAGGCCGAGCAGCGACACCAGUCAGACCGUGUGGCUUUUGAGGUUACACUCAGCCAGUAUCAGCGAGAGGCAGAGCAGAGUAAUGUGGCCCUUCAGAGAGAAGAAGACAGAGUGGAGCAGAAGUCGGCAGAAGUUGGGGAGCUACAGAGGCGCUUGUUGGGGAUGGAGACGGAGCAUCAAGCCUUACUGUCAAGAGUCAGGGAAGGGGAGCUGGCCCUAGAGGAGCUGCGGACCAAGAACGCUGACUGCCAAGCAGAAAAGGAAAAGACUGCUGCUCUUGAAAAGGAAGUGGCUGGGUUUCGGGAAAAGAUCCACCACUUGGAUGACAUGCUCAAGAGCCAGCAGCGGAAAGUUCGGCAGAUGAUAGAGCAGCUCCAGAAUUCAAAAGCUGUGAUCCAGUCCAAGGAUGCCACCAUUCAAGAGCUCAAGGAGAAAAUUGCCUAUUUGGAGGCUGAGAACCUGGAGAUGCAUGACCGCAUGGAGCAUCUAAUAGAGAAGCAGGUCAGUCAUGGGAACUUCAGCACGCAGACCCGCGCCAAGACGGAGAACCUGGGCAGUGUUAGGAUAUCCAAGCCCCCCAGCCCUAAGCCUAUGCCUCUCAUCCGAGUGGUGGAAACCUGAGAUGCCGGAGACGCUGGGAUGCUGCCCUUGCUGUUGCUCGGACCUGCAGAGAAGCCCACCACCUCUGUAGGCUGUUGAUACCGACUGACUUCCCGACCGAACCCUGGUAGCCCCAGGUCUUGGGCUCAUGCCCCAGGCUCCUAUCCUCUGCUUGCUGGCUGAUGGAGCAGAAGCGUCUGUCUCCUUGGGACACUGCAGGCCUUGGGAAGACAUUCUCCUGCUAGCAGGAACAGGACAAUAUUCUUUCUCCCAGUGACUGUCUUUCUGGGUAACCGCUUCCCUGCUGUGGACACUGGAGUCUAGCUGCCCCGAAGCCAGGCCCUCAUCACCUCUGGAGAAGUGACAAAAUUUGUCUCAGCCCCCAAAAGUUGGAAGCACAGGCGUACAGCGACUGGAGAGUGUCCUGAGGGAAUGAAGUUCCUUCCGCAAACAAGGCUCAGUUCUUAGCAACAAACUUUGUUUCUCUACUUGGCUCCACCCUGUGUCAUGCUCUCGGGGGGCCUCCCAUGGACAGCCAUUGGGGGAUAGGUGGCCAGGCCUGGUCCUAACCAGAGAGCCGAAACUAGAUAGCCUUGCCUUUCUAGGGACAGAGGAAUGGACCUUCAGGGAGCAGAUUUUAGCAGGUUCUUAAGGACCGUGAAUGGUUUCUGCGACCUCACUCCCCUGUGGAAGCUCCCAGUCUUGAGGUUUUCCCCUGUGGCAUCCCAAAUGGCACACCUCAGUCUUCCUGACCCGGAGCUAAGAACCAUUUCCUCAUCAGUCCCAGCAAAACUGUCACUGUAUUUAUUUUGCUAAGUUAUUGCUGGUUUUGCUUGCAUCUCAUAGCUGAUUUAAUACCAGUGUUCCGCAGUCUUCUGCAGAGGAGUUUGGGCGGACCUGGACGUGGGGAGAGCACUCUGGUCGGCUCCCCAGGCCCCCCUCUAGCUGCUGCUUUUCAUUUCUUCCUCCUGUGUCAGUUUGUAAUUCAGGAGGCUCGUGUCUGUCCCCAAGUGUGUGCUGCCCGGGGAAUGGGGCAAUCAGGACUGUUUCCGGGGUAGGGGUGGGAUCUUCUAACCUCUCCACCCAGAACAGUUUCAAUUCCAGUCCUGAGUGUCCCUGCAGCUCAGUGUGUUUCCUGUAGUGUCCUCCAGUAGCCUCAACAGCACUCCAGCACCUGAGCGCGGGACCACAGGGACAGCUUUAGUCUUAAAUCUUCUUAGCUCACAACCAGGAGCCUUAAGUCUGCGUGUUUCUGUGUCAGGACCAGGCCCAGGGCCUGGUGUGGUCUCUACAGUGUCCUGAGACUUCAGUCUCUACAGAAUAAGGGCGUUGAACACAAUCUCCAUGCCCCUUCAAAUUCUUUUCCUGUCUGUGACACAAUCAUUGUCUGGUGACUUCAAUAAAUUAUGCUAACACA